CACGCCCGCUCGAUGCGAACCACCACACUUGCCAUGGAAACCAGUCCGCUAACGACCCACAUCGCGAUCGACCACCCCCUCAUCCCGGGCCUUCAUCUGACGGAGGCCCGAUGGUCGGAUCGCGCCACUCUCGUCAGGCUCAUCAAUGACGCUCCCGAGAUCUCCCAAAACACCGUCGCCAUUCCGUACCCAUACUCGGACCAAGACGCCGAGUUUGCCUUGCGCGAGGUCUUUUGGAAGCAGGACCAGGCCACGGGGCAAGUCCGGAACUUUGUCAUCCGCGGCCAGGACGAUGUCCUCAUGGGCGUCAUCUCGCUCUUCCAUCGGUCCGAGAACGAUCCAAGGGACUCGGCCGAGCUCGGAUACUGGCUCGGCAGUCCGUAUUGGGGCAAGUCUGUGAUGACCACCGUGGUCAGAUGUGUUCUCCAGGUCGCAUUCGGGGACUAUGGGCUCCGGUCCGUCAGUAGCGGAUGCUUCCUCGGCAACAACAAGUCCCGGCGUGUCCUGGAAAAGUCUGGCUUCCAGCUGCUCGAUGGCCAGAGGACAUACACAAAGCUCAAUGGACAAGUCGUCCAGAGCCACCGAUUUGAGCUCAAGAACCCUGCGAUGGCCCAGCAGGCAAUGGAGUGAAACCCGGAAUCCCUAGACAGCGCUGCAGCGGGAGAAUAUACGCCCUCUUUAGACC